GCGGAAACCAGUUUGAUGCGCAAAGUAGUCCACUUUAUUCAGACAAGCCACCCACCGCAACACCAGAAAGCAGAAAUGCCUUUUAUAUUUAAAGACCCGUCAGUCAACACGGACUAUUUUACCGACGACCAUGCUUCAGGUGGAGAAGGAGGCCAAGCGUUUAACCACAUCAAGAUAAAUGAGGGAGCUAUUCUCACCAAAAUCAAGGCCUGGAAGAGGGACUGGCGUAUAGGUGCUAUACAAGUUUGGAUGAGCGACGGUAGUAACUAUCUCGCUGGCAAACCCGGUGGUGGUGAGUCGAGUGAAUUUAAAUUCAAAAAAGGCGAGACGAUAGUUUCUCUCAAUGUUCAGGCAAGUGGACCGUAUUCUUCCAUUUUGAGCAGACGCCGUCUUGGAGCAAUUUGGUUUAAAACGAGCAAAGAUAGAUCCUGGGGAAUAUUUUCGCGCAAUUUGACGGCAGAUGGGCGUUACUGGCCUGAAGUUGGUUCUGGUGUCUGCUGUGGGGUGUUUGGAGGAAGUGGAGAUGCGAUUGAUCGUUUCGGGUUUGCAAUGCUUCGACCGGUUGAGAGCUCAAUGUUAUCUGAAAUAAAGUACCCACAACUUAACAUUGAAAUUGUAGCAACCAGGCCAACCACGGUGGCUCAUCAGAUCUUCUGUAAUGGGAGCAAAACUGAGCAAACGUUUACUCUGAGUGGUAGCAGAAGUGUGACAAUUAAAAGGGAAUGGAGCCUUUCCACCCAGCUCUCUAUGACUUUCAAAAUGGAAGUCACGGCAGGAAUACCGGAAGUGGCAUCAGUAACUUCAGGGUUCAGCUGGACUGUAGGCAGUACAUCUACACACGCUGUCUCUAAUACUGAGACAGAGACACAGUCAUGGUCAUGGCCCCUGAAAUGUCCACCACAUACUAAAAUCCUUGGCGAGGCUACCAUGUACGCUGAUGAUAUAGAUACACCCUAUGAGGGCGUGGUAGAAUUGCGACUGAAGAAUGGGAAGUCUUUUAAGUAUAAAGUCAAGGGCGUAUAUAGGGGGAUGAAUGCAAGAUCCGGAACGGUGACGGUGAAAUCCUUAGGCCCGUGUGCUAGUGAGGAAAGUCUUACAGAGGAGAUGUACCAAACCAGUUUGUGGUAGCUGACAUGCAUGAUCAACAUUCAAACCACUAAACGAGUUAAAACAAUACUAUAGUUUGUACUCUUUUCUUUACAAUUUCCUCUCAUUGGAAACAUUUGGUUUGCCGUAUAGAUAAUAGACGGAUAAUUGGAAGAUAUGACGUGUGCAGUUGUUCUUAUGAUACCAAAUAUAACAUUGUUGAAAAACGGUUCUGAUAGAGAAGCAACGUCAAAAGAGAACUCUAAAAUACCAACAGCAGCCAAGACUUGUUAUGUUUUGUCACAUGUGUUUUCUGUCUCAAAACGAAAAGUUAAUAAGGACUCAUAUGUUUUUACAAUCUAAUAUAGAAUGAAAAAAUGAAACGACAAAUUAAAUCAAUUUCAUUGUUAUGACAAAGAUAUUAUGAAAAAACAACAACAACAAGUUUUGUUUACAAGAAAGAAAGAUAGACCAUUGUAUCACAUCUGUUGUAUGUGCAUGUUUCGUCCGAAAAACUCGUGCUAACAAUGUAGCUGUAAACAAUAAAUAUGAUCAACAAAUAUUAUAAAAAUGUGCAAAAUUAGUUUAAGAUUUUUCAUAAACUACUGAUGCAAAUAGGACAACUGAUGUAUGUUGGUUUGAUACAUGUAUAUCAUUAAUAAUAUAUUCGCUCUAAGACUAAUAUCCAAAUGUAUAAUUGAUAUUAUGUCUAUUUUUCAGUAUCUUAUUAUAUUCGUAUUUUUGUAA